AUGCAGCAUGGAAUUAAGAGAAAACAAUGGACAAAAGAACUGUUGAGACAUAAAAGAGAGGAAGAUAAAAAGAAGAUAGAAACAUACAGGGCCUUGGUGGAACAAAUGCUUCAAUUUCGUGACAAUAACAAUUAUUCAGUAGAAGCAAUGCGGUUGACCACAAAAGUGUUAGAUAUAAACCCUGAAUUUAAUACAGCUUGGAAUUAUCGUAGAGAUAUUAUUACAAAUAUAGGUAAUUUGAUAGAUGAAAAAUUUUGGCAAGAUGAAUUAAAGUUUACUAUGAUUCAGUUGAAGAGAUUUCCUAAAGUUUACUGGAUUUGGAAUCAUAGAGUUUGGAUAUUAAAUAACAUUCCUAUAAACCAACUAAAAAUGUGGCAAGGUGAAUUAAUCGUAGUUAAUGCAUUACUGGAAAUGGAUGCGAGAAAUUUCCACGGAUGGCAUUAUAGAAGGGUUGUGAUAUCCAAUAUAGAAAAAUUGACCAAGAACAGUCUAAACAAACAAGAGUUUGAGUAUGUAACUUCAAAAAUUAACAAAAAUAUUUCAAAUUAUUCUGCAUGGCAUCAAAGAGUUCAAUUAAUUACAAAUAUGCUAUCGAACGAUCAAAUUGCGGAUAAAUAUGAUUUUAUGAAUAAAGAAAUAGAAUAUAUCACAAAUGCAAUAUUUACAGAUGCAGAAGAUCAGUCUGUCUGGUUUUAUAUAAUAUGGAUGAUAAAAUUCCCUAUUGUAAAAGAAUUAUUGGGUCAAGAUGGUUAUUCAAAAUUUUUGAAGGAACUUAGAGAGAAUGCUGAAAUGAUUAACAUGGAUGAAUUAGAGUUUUCUGGUAAGGACAACUUUUGGUGUUUGAAAAUUAUUCUAGAGAUAGAUAUGAUUCAAAAUUCUUUCGAUAAUCUAACUGAUAGGUCAGUUUUUAAAGGCUACUUAGAAAAGCUUAUAAAACUUGAUCCACUUCGUCAAAAUAGGUAUAAAUAUCUUCUAUCAAAGUUGUCUUAA